AUGAGUGGCUUGUUAUAUAAGUUAAACAAAUUUUAUCGGAUAAAUGAAAAUAUAUAUAAUUCAUUUAGCUGUGGAAAUAAUAUUUUGAAUUAUAAAUCUAAAGGUAAAAUAUGCACAAUAAAUGGAAAAUGUGUAAAUAAAAAUAAAGCAUUUUUUUCUUAUGGGUCAUAUAAUAAUGAUGAUAAAGAAAUUGUAGAUAUGAUUGAUGGAAUAUCUUUUACAAUACGUAAUAAUAGUAGUAUAUAUAAAGAAGAGACAAAUAAUAUUCCUAUUUUAUUAUUACAUGGUUGUUAUGGAAGUAAAAAAAAUUUCCGUAAUUUUAAUAAAAUGCUUAAAUCAAAUAAAAUAAUAUCAUUAGACUUACCAAAUCAUGGAGAAUCUAAACAUACAGAUGAUAUGAAAUAUAAUAAUAUAGAAGAAGAUAUAAAAAAUGUAUUAAAUAAAUUAAAUAUAAAAAGUUGUUGUUUAGUUGGUUUUAGUUUGGGAGGAAAAGUAUCAAUGUAUACUGCAUUAAAAAAUCCUCAAUUAUUUUCACAUUUAAUAAUAAUGGAUAUAUUACCUUAUAAUUAUCAUUCUAAUAAUAUAGAAAUUGCAUUACCUUAUAGUAUUAAAAAAAUGAGUAAAACAUUAUAUAAUAUAAAAAUAAAUAAAAACCCGAAAAAUAAAUUAGAAUUUUUAAAAUAUUUAAAGGAAGAAUUACCAGACAUUCCCGAUUCAUUUUCACAAUUUAUUUGUAUGUCACUUAAAGAAAAUGAACAAAAAAAUAAAUUAACAUGGAAUAUAAAUGUUGAAACUAUAUAUAAUGAAAUACAUAAUAUUACAAAUUUUCCAUUAAAUUAUGAAAAAUAUAAAUAUACGAAACCUUGUAGUUUUGUUAUAGCAAAAAAAUCAGACCUAGCUUAUACUAUUCCCGAUUAUGAUCAAAUUAUUAAAAAUUUUUUUCCUUUCUCUAAAAAUUAUAUUUUGGAAAAUUCAUCUCAUGCUGUAUAUGUAGACGCACCCCAUGAGUGCGCUCAAAUUAUUAACCAGACAAUUAUCUUAUAA